GGCUGCAUCUCUGACCAGGGCAGCUGACGCGUCUGCAGCCAUGUCGGGCCGCUCGGUACCACAUGCCCACCCGGCCACCGCCGAGUACGAAUUUGCCAACCCGAGCCGCCUGGGCGAGCAGCGCUUCGGAGAAGGUCUCCUUCCAGAAGAGAUCCUGACCCCCACCCUCUACCACGGCUACUAUGUCCGGCCACGGGCAGCCCGAGCUGGGGAGGGCAGCAGGGCAGGGGCUUCAGAGCUUAGGCUCAGUGAGGGCAAAUUCCAGGCAUUUCUGGACGUGAGCCACUUUACCCCAGAUGAGGUGACGGUGAGGACUGUGGACAACCUUCUGGAGGUGUCUGCCAGGCACCCCCAGCGCCUGGACCGCCACGGCUUCGUGUCCCGAGAGUUUUGCCGCACCUAUGUCCUGCCUGCCGAUGUUGACCCCUGGCGAGUCCGAGCUGCUCUCUCCCAUGAUGGCAUCCUUAACUUGGAGGCCCCUCGGGGUGGGCGACAUUUGGACACAGAAAUUAAUGAGGUCUAUAUCUCCCUGCUCCCAGCACCUCCUGAUCCAGUUGAAGAAGAGACGACCAGAGUUGACCUCUGAUUGCCACACACCCACCAUGCAGACAAUCCCUUUCUACUUCUUAAGGUGUGGUUUGAGCAGCUACCACCACCCCAGAGGUAGCAGCAUUCUUGGAAGAAGGGGAAAGCUCAUGGUACUCUUGUGUUGUUUGGUCCCUGGGGACAUUUCCUAUCUUUUGAUUUAAUUCUGGGUAGAGUGGAAUAAACCCAAUGCUAGGGC